UCUUUUCUUUUUUUCUUUUUCUCACGGAACAGAGGACUUGCAUCCUCCUCCUUCCUCUUACUUUAAUGGGGGACCUUGCUCCCCUUAUUCUCGGCACCAAGGAGAUCCUCCUCCCAGCCGGCAACACUUGCGGCGGGAGGAGCAAGCCACGGCGGUGACCAACGGCCCAAGUCCGGCGACUGGCGACGGCAACCGGUGGCGGAAACUCAAGAAAGACGCAUCAACAAAACAGGAAAAAUUUUUGAGGCUAAUUUAUUCAAGAAAUUCCGGCGAUUGCCGGCCGGAAUCGAUGAUUUAAUGGCUUAUAACGGCAGAGGGGAAGAUCAGCGAAGGAUUCAAAGGCUAUUUACCUAAUUUUCGUUGAGAUUUGGCCCAAACUUCCGGCGAACACAGUGACGAUAUGGAGCACAUCACACGAACAUGUCCGACUCCGACAGCGAAACGGCACAGGUGCCGUCGGAACCGGAUUCGGAUUCGGAAACACCUCCGGAGAAUUCGAAAGCUGCACAAUGGUUCCGUGAAGAAGAAGACUUUACCAUUUAUGGUGUGCCACCUGAAAUCUUUGAACGCGACAGAAAAGCCUACCAGCCGAAAGCCGUCUGCAUCGGCCCCUUUUUCCGCGAAUGGAGACAUCGGGGACAUCUAGAAGUCAUGCAACAAUACAAGUGGGAAUGCACGAAACGAUUAAUGCCCAAAAAAGAAACGCGUGAAAAGUGCCUGACGGAGAUGAAGGAGCUGGAGGCAAGCGUUCGGCAAAAAUAUUCGGAAAAGUUCCCAAAAAUAAUUUCCGAUGACUUCGCACGGAUGCUGAUGCUGGACGGCUGCUUCCUCCUCCAUCUCCUGCGAAGGUAUGCCCCAGGUCCUGAGGAACCCAAAUCCGGUCAUAAGGAAGCAAAGCUAUUGGUCGGCAGAAUGCAGAUCUGGGAGUUGGUGAGGUAUGAUCUGCUGUUGCUUCAAAAUCAGAUCCCAUUCUGCGUCAUCCAGAGAUUACACGAGUUCCUUUACCCCGACGACAGCAAUACCAAUCUUGUGGACUGUGCAAUCAAUUUCUUCAGUUCUCUUCGUCCCUGCAGAAAACUGAAACAAUCUAGAUUCUAUAUCCAGGUGAAAGAUGUUCAUCAUUUGCUCCAUUUGAUUUACUCAUCCCUUCUCCCAUGCCCAAAAUAUGGCACGUCAUCCUCCGGGCCAAAAUCAUCACGACGGUGGAUCCCUAGCGCGACGGAGCUCCAAUUGGCUGGAAUGAAUUUUAAGAGGAGGGAGAGCGCAAAUGGCUUCCUGAGCUUCUUGGACGUCAAGUUCUCUGAUGGAGUGAUGGAAAUCCCCAAAAUAAAGGUACAUGAUUACAGUACCACCUUUUUUCGAAACCUUAUUGCCUGGGAACAGUGUUUCCCACGCACGGAAUGCCACGUAACAGCUUAUGCUUUCUUCAUGAACUUCCUGAUCAACACCGAGAAGGAUAUGAGGUUGCUACAUCUGAAGGAAAUUCUCAUCGACUUGACGACCGUUGACAAAGAUAAAGGUGCAACGCAUUUUUUCAGCCGCCUUUGCAAUGAAGUUGGCAACAACAAGAACUAUCUUGGAAAAUUAUUUAGUGAUGUGAUGGACUAUCAUGAUACCCCGUUGAACAAGUGGCGCGCAGAACUUAACGAAAAAUAUUUCAAAAGUCCAUUGACGAUCAUUUCAUUGACUGCCGGUGCUAUAGCCCUUCCUCUCAGUGUUGCGUCGAACAUUAAAAAUAUCUUCUUUUAAUUCUGCAAGGAUGCUUCAGCAUCAAUGUUUAAGUUGUUCCUCUGUGUUUUAUCUUGGAAUCAGCAUUAUGGUGUGAUGCAGCGUGUGUCAAAGCUUUGUAAUCUUCGAUUCCAUCUAUCAAGAAUUUUUGCUUCUACUUUUCAUUAUUUCAAUAAAUUGGGUGAGCAACCCAUGCCUAUUUCUCAAAAGAAA